CAGACGUAGCAGGGAUUUGUUGUCCUUCGGAGCUUAAAGACUAUCUGUUCAGAGAUAGAAAAAGUAGUUGACAGUCGCUAACUCACUGAGAGAGGAAAUGGCGCAACAAGAAAUAAUCAGCUGUUCGAUCUGUCUGGAUCUACUGAAAGAACCGGUGACUAUUCCCUGUGGACACAACUACUGCAUGAACUGUAUUCAACGCCACUGGGAUGAGAAUCUAACCUACAGCUGCCCUGUGUGUAGACAGACCUUUGCACCAAGGCCUGUCCUGGUGAAAAACACUAUGCUAGCAGACUUAGUGGAGGAGCUGAAGGAGACUGGUUCUGCUGAUCACUGCUAUGCUGGAGCUGAAGAUGUGGGAUGUGAUUUCUGCACUGGGAGAAAACUGAAAGCUUUGAAGUCCUGUCUGCAGUGUGUGGCCUCUUACUGUGAGAAACACCUCCAGCCUCAUUAUGAAUCUCCUGCCUUUAAGAAACACAAGCUGGUGGAGCCCUCCAAGAAGCUCCAGGAGAACAUCUGCUCUCGUCACCACGAGGUGAUGAAGAUGUUCUGCCGUACUGAUCAGAAGUGUAUCUGUUAUCUCUGCACUCAGGGUGAACAUAAAGGUCACGACACGGUGUCAGCUGCAGCAGAAAGGACAGAGAGGCAGAGACAGAUGAAGGGGAGUCAACAAAACAUCCAGCAGGGAAUCCAGGACAGAGAGAAGGAGGUGAAACUGCUUCGGCAGGAAGCAAAGGCCAUCAAUGGCUCUGCUGAUAAAGCAGUGGAUGAGAGUAAGAAGAUGUUCACUGAGCUGAAGCAGCAGGUCAGAUCCCAGCAGAAGAGUGAAGUGAGUCGAGUCAAAGAGCUUCAGGAGAAGCUGGAGCAGGAGAUCUCUGAGCUGAAGAGGAGAGACGCUGAGCUGAAGAAGCUCUCUCACACAGAGGAUAACAACCAGUUUCUGCUCAACUACCCCUCUCUGUUACCUCUCAGUGUUUCCAAACACUCAUCCAGCAUCAACAUCCAUCCUCUGCGCUACUUUGAGGACGUGACAGAUGCUGUGUCAGAAAUCAGAGAUAGACAACAGGACGUCCUGAGGAAGACGUUGAACGACACCUCACUGAUGGUGAGUGAAGUGGAAGUUGUACUGCCACCACCAGAGCCAAAGACCAGGGCUGAAUUCCUAACAUUUUCCUGUGAACUCGAAUUUGAUCAAAUCACAAACAUACAGGAAUACACAGACGAAUUCACUUUUUAUAGACAGGCCCUGAGUACAGAGAGUCUGACUGGUCCUUGUUACUGGGAAGCGGAGUGGGACGGGAGGGGAAUUUGUAUAGGAGUUACAUACAAGAACAGCAGCAGAGCAGGGGGUUGGGAGGAAUGUUUGUUUGGAUUCAAUGAUAGUUCAUGGGGGUUAUAUUGUUUAAAUGACAGUUAUACCUUUUGGUACAACAACAUCAAAACUCCCGUCGCAGUUCCUCAGUCCAACAAAGUAGGACUGUAUCUGGAUCACAGCGCAGGCGUUCUGUCCUUCUACAGCGUCACUGAAACCAUGACUCUCCUCCACAGAGUCCAGACCGCAUUCACUCAGCCUCUCUAUGCUGGAGCUAUGUUUUAAUUACAGUUCUAUUGGAGACACUGCUGAUUUCUGCAAACUCAAAUAAUCAUUUAAAAGGGCCAUAUGUUGUUCAUUUUCAGGUUCAUAUUAGUAUUUGUUUCCUUUA